AUGGUGUCCAUUACCUCUCGGCGAGCUCAGCGGCAGGUCAAGAAAGGCAUGAUUCAGCCUGCCCUCCCUCUCAUUCCCGUAGCAAAGAAGUCCAAAGCUGAUGAGCCGACCGCAUACGAACCCCCAUCAAUAAGUGGCGAAGAUACCCCAACAGCCCACGUUGCCGAGCCUGGAGAUGCGGCAUCUCCUCGCAUUCAUGAGGCCUCUGGCGAUACCAGGGAUGAGUCGAGUAGCGGUUACGGUGGUUCCGCUGAUCAGCUCGGGUCAGCUCAGUCUCCUUCCCAAGCCGAGCUGGACUAUACCCGAGACAAUGCGCAGGUAGAGCCCACCGAAGAAACACCCGCCGAGCUCAAUGAUACCUGGACUGAACCUGCGACUACUCGUGGGCAGAACACUGAGUUACCUUCUUCUCAAGAUCGGAGCCCUUCAUCGACCUUGAGCGAGCGUGGAGCUACGCAGGCUGAUGACAAAGUUUCACACGAGAUCUCCGACAGACAGGACAUCGUCACACAUUCCUCCGGUGUCGCUACGUACGAAACAUGGCAGUUUGGUCAGCCAGCAUAUGCAGAAUUCAUUUCCGCCACAGACGCGGAGCAUUCGACCUCAAUCAACAAAAACCCUAGCCAAUCAGCGCCGGUUCUACUCAAUGGCAGCGAUGGGACAUUGCCUCCGCAGAACGCCGAUGAAACAAGCCUCGGCAGUGCUGCAGCUGACACGAGGCGAUCAACCAGCGAUCAAACCUCGAAUGCGGCUGCAACCAAAGAACAAGACCUGCCGUAUGGAGCCGGGGACACCAUCAGCGCAAAUGGAUCUCCCAAUGCGUCCCGCUUGGCUUCAGUGGCCGAGCACCUGCUGCAAAUGAGCCACACCAAGAGCUGGGCUGACUGGGCCGUCGUUGUUACUGGUGGCGUUGGGCCGCCAUUCGUGACAUAUGCCCACGCUAUCAUGCUUCUGAGAAGCCCACGUCUUCGAUCUCUUAUGGAGGCAACGGUGGCACGGCAGGUUGCAGCUCCUUCGAGCAACGUCGUUAAUCUUUACGCCCCUGUACCUCUUGUGCCUCACGCCUUUGAGGCGGCACUGAGGUUUCUGUAUUCUGAUGCAGUUCUUACCGCUGAGAGUACUUUCCCGACUACCGAAUCUGCCAGGAUCAACUUUCUGCCCUACAUCCUUUCCUACUGGAUGUCUGGACUCCUGCUGGGUAUCGAUGGCAUUGUCGCCCGGGCUUCGAUGCUCUUGAGUGACUUUGUUCACUGGGACGUUGUGGAGCUGCUGAUGAAGCAAGCGGAGGACAUGACUAACGGUGUCAACCAGAAGCACACUGGUGGUUUCAUUGAUUGGACGAAUGUUGCAGCUCAAUGGAAAGCCCAAGCUCUCUCAUUUUGCGCUCAACAGAUCAAUCCACAGACUUUCAGGUUUGACGAUAUCUCGACUUCGUCAUUGUUACCUUCUCGAUUCGCCAACCUCGAGGAGAGGCCUUCCAAGCACAACCCUGCCUUAGCUUCCAUGGUCUUUGGCUCUAUGCCAUCCUCCACUGAGCUCUCACCAAGUUCGCCUCAGUCCGAGGCUGCUCCAUCUACAUCUUCCCCGCAGGAUCGAGCAGCCUCUCACAUCCUCGUCAACGUAGACUUCCGUGACCUCGUCUUCUUCUAUCACCAAUCGCAUCGAACGUGGGGCGAUGCAAGCUUGGAACUCCUUCGCGAGGUCAUCAGCGAGCGUGAGGCGCAGCGAACCAAGAUCGUGUCAAAUCGAAUUGUCCCCAACAAGCAGAGAAUGGCCAACUCUAGCGCCUGGGACGUUGCCGCAUACCACGAAUACGUCCAGAAUGGGGAACUUCGACGCGAGCGAGUUAGUUUCUUGCUGCCAACCAAGCAGUAG